AAAAAACAUGAAUUCAACAAUAAUUUGUGGCCACUGUUUUGCUGUAGCUAGCUAGUUAAAGUAUAAAUAGGACAUUUUUAGAAGUUGGCCAAGUUUGUCGAAAAGAGUUGGUAGUUCCGUGUUCUUUAUUUUGGAGAAAAAAGUUAGCUAGCAAGCAUUGCUUUCAACCAAGCAAUAACAGCUCAGGACAGGAUGCCCCAGGAGGAGAUGAAGAAGCCUCUUAUACUUGGUGGUGCCAGCCCCAGACACCUCAAAACCUCAAUUUCUGAUCCAGGUACCCCCUUGGUUGGCAUCCUGGGCACAGGUGACUUUUCCCGCUCUUUAGCCACCAGGCUGGUAGCCUCUGGGUACCGGGUGGUAGUGGGUAGCCGCAACCCCAAGCGCUGUGCCUCCCUCUUUCCCGAGGAGGCUGAGGUGACCACCCAGCACCAGGCUGCCACCCAGGCUGACCUGGUGUUCGUGGCCCUUUUCCCCGAGCACUACUCCACCCUGGCUGGACUGAGGGAGCCGCUAGUGGGGAAGACUCUGGUGGAUGUUAGUAAUGGUACUAAGAUCAACAGGGAUAAGCAGUCCUACGCGGAGCAGCUGGCCAAUAUCUUCCCAGAGAGCAGUGUGGUGAAGGCCUUCAAUGUGAUCUCGGCCUGGAGCCUGCAGACGGGGCCAAGGGACGGCAGCAGACAGGUGCUGAUUUGCAGUGACAGUAGUAAGGCCAAGAGCGCUGUACUCCAGAUCUGCCGCAGUCUGGGCUUCAUCCCUGUUGACAUGGGCCGCCUCUCCUCUGCCCAGGAGAUAGAGAACACCCCCCUGUACCUCUUCCCCUCGUGGCGCGUCCCAUGUCUCUCCACCCUCAGCCUCUUCUUCUUCUUCUACGCCUACAACUUUCUUCGUGACGUCGUCCACCCGUAUGCCACGGCAGGGAAGAGCACAUUCUACAAAAUUCCGGUGGAGAUGGUAAACGUGACACUCCCCUCGGUGGCCUUGGUGACCCUGGCUCUGGUCUACCUGCCUGGCCUUGUGGCUGCCUUCCUGCAGCUGUCGUGGGGCACCAAGUACAGGCGUUUCCCCAACUGGUUGGAUCGCUGGCUGCAGCAGCGGAAGCAGUUGGGCCUCUGUGCCUUCCUCUGCGCAGCGCUGCACGCCGUCUACAGCCUGUGUUUGCCCAUGCGCAGGUCUGCUCGCUACAAUCUGCUCAACGCUGCCUUCAAACAGGUGAAGGUAGGCCAGGAAGACUCGUGGGUAGAGGAGGAGGUGUGGAGGAUGGAGCUGUAUCUGUCUAUAGGCAUCCUGGCCCUGGGCCUUCUCUCUCUGCUGGCUAUCUCCUCACUGCCCACUGUGGGCAACUCGCUCAACUGGAGGGAGUUCAGCUUCGUACAGUCCAGACUGGGCUACAUGGCCCUGUUGAUGGCCACCCUCCACACGCUGACCUAUGGCUGGGACCGGGGCUUGGACCCGGAGCAGUAUCGUUUCUACCUCCCUCCCACCUUCUUGCUGGUGCUGGCCCUGCCGCUGGCUGUGCUGCUGGGGAGGCUGGCUCUGUCCCUGCCAUGCGUGGCUCUCCGGCUGAGUCGUAUCAGGAGGGGUUGGGAGAAAAGCCGAGCCAUCCGGUUCACACUGCCUGAGGACGAGCGUAAUGGGCCAUCACAGGAGGACAUCAGUAAUGUUUGAGAGAUGCUUGGUUUAGUCUUACAUGCAGGAUUGAAUGAAGGAAGCAUGGAAGACACACACACACACACACACACACAGAGGCAGGCAAGUGGAGAUGGGAGAGAAGUACUGACUGUGUCAUAUUAAGGGAUGUAAUCUCACCAACAGUAGCCUUAUGCAUCAAAAGCAAUUUAGGGAUUUCAUUGGCCUUUGUUAUACUCGUGAACAUGCUUCUUGUUUGGUAGACAUGUCAUCUCUAGCACUACCAUCUAACUUGGUAUUUUUAUCAAGAGAAAUGAACUAUGGUUCUAUUGCUCACUAAGCCUCCGACACAUGUACAGUGAUGCAUUUUGGAGAUGACUAUUAUAGUGCUGCGUUUAAUUCGCUGCCACUACUCCCUUUAACUAAACUGGAAACCAGACAUUGUCAUUGUCUUUCUACUGGUGUCUUAGCCAGUCAGAUACUGGGCAUCCAAUGCUAUCAGGUAAAAAAAACAACAACCUUGUACUGUCUCAGGCUUACACUUCAACGUGAGGGAAGCCUGGGCAUCCAACACUGUAGUUGUAGUGCUGUUAGAUGCCUCAGCUCUGUCUGCCCUGCUCGUGGCUGAAUCUGGCUCAGCUGUCUGAUUUGCCUGCUGUGGUCAGUCAGAGCUAAAAUGUUGCACCUCACAGCAAUGUCAUCGGUUGUUCGGUGGUGUCAUGCCUGCUUCUGCUGUGUAAUCACUUCUUACUGCAUCGGCGAUGUGUUAAAAAAAAAAAAAAUAGAGCUUUAUAUUUUUUUGCCUUAGGCUAUUGUUGCAUUGUUUUGAUGCGUCAAUGAAUGCACUAUAAUGUUUAUACUUUACCUGGUCAGAGUCUUUCAAAGAUCAAAUGUGUACCAAAGAUUGUGAAAAUAUAUUAUCGAAGAUUGCAAAAAUGUACUAUCGAGUCCCAAAUUGUUGCUGGCACCAAACCCAAUCGAGGAUGGCUCAUGUUUUGUUUUUGUGUUGAAGUUACACUGUUAUAGGUAUAAUUUAAAUAUGAUGACAUUGUAUAAAAUGUACUAAUUUUAUUGAACAAUCAAACUAACCGGCUGUCAUGGAGACUCUAUGGUACAUGUGAAAUUGUAAGAGCUAUUUUAUAUUCUGACUGUUACAUUUCUUCUGUUAAAUGCAAUAAGUUCCAUAGGUUUAUCCACAAAAGGAAAUCAAAGACAUGUAUAUUCUUAUAGUGCUUAUUGGCAGAAUAAACACACUAUUUUCCACAAUUUA